ACUGGGUCCCUCGUCUGGACUGUGUUGACUUGCUCCUUUCUGGAUGCUUUUGGGCGAGUUGGUGGACAGCUGAGAGCGGCUAGCUGUCAGCAGAGCUCUGCUGUUUCCGGCCACUGGUUGUACCUGGGACCUUAUCCUGCUGACAUCUGGCAACAAUUUUUUUAUUUUUUUAUUUUUUGGAUGGAGCAGUUGUGAUCCCUCUAAUCAUUUCUUGUGCUAGUUCGCUCUUAAAUACCAAAGGCUGGAGAUUUGAUACUGGUCAAUGUAUAUAGCACUUACCUCAACUCCCCCAGAAAUGAAUGCCAACAGUAUGCCUAAACAAGUGGAGGUGAGGAUGCAUGAGAGUCACCUGGAGCCCAUUGAGGCCAGGCCUCAGUCGAAAUGUGCCAAAAUCUGCUCCAAAAUGUUCAAGAACCUUCUGCUCACACUCACCGUCCUCGGUGUGAUCUUGGGAGCUGUAGCAGGGAUGUUGCUUCGUGUCGCCUCCCCGAUCCACCCAGAUAUUGUCAUGGUGAUUGCUUUUCCUGGAGACAUCCUGAUGAGGAUGCUGAAGAUGUUGAUCCUGCCACUCAUCAUCUCCAGUUUAAUCACAGGUCUGGCCGGUCUGGACGCCAAAUCUAGCGGUCGCCUGGGCACCAGAGCUAUGGUCUACUACAUGUCCACCACUGUUAUUGCUGCUAUCCUGGGAGUCAUCCUGGUGUUAGUUAUCCACCCUGGCAACCCCAAACUGAAGGAGAAUCUGGGCGAGGGCGAGAAAAAUGAUGACGUGUCCAGCUUGGAUGCCUUCUUUGAUUUGAUCAGGAACCUGUUCCCAGAGAACCUGGUGCAGGCUUGUUUCCAACAGAUUCAGACGGUCACGAAGAAGGUGGAGGUGAUCGUUGAAGAGGACGUCAAUGCCACCGCCGUGGAGGGCCUGGUGGCUAACAUUACCAAGGAGCCUCAGUUCAUAAUCAAAAAGUCACUGCAGUUCAAAAGUGGCAUGAAUGUUUUGGGUCUGAUUGGUUUCUUUAUUGCAUUUGGCAUCUGCAUGGGCAAGAUGGGAGAGAAGGCCAAACUCAUGAUUGAUUUCUUCAAUAUCCUCAACGAGAUUGUGAUGAAACUUGUCAUCAUGAUCAUGUGGUAUUCUCCCUUCGGUAUCGCCUGUUUGAUUUGUGGCAAGAUCAUCUCCAUCAAGGACUUGGAGGUGGUGGCCAGGCAGCUGGGCAUGUACAUGAUCACUGUGAUUAUUGGCCUCAUCAUCCACGGAGCAAUCUUCCUGCCCAGCAUUUACUUUGUUAUCGUCAGGAAAAACCCCUUCACCUUCUUCCUGGGCAUCUUCCAGGCCUGGAUCACUGCACUGGGGACAGCCUCCAGUGCUGGCACGCUGCCUGUCACCUUCCGUUGUCUGGAGGAGAACUUGGGUAUCGACAAAAGAGUCACUCGUUUUGUGCUCCCAGUCGGUGCCACCAUCAACAUGGAUGGAACUGCUCUGUAUGAGGCUGUGGCUGCCAUCUUCAUUGCCCAGAUGAACGGCAUCCACCUUGACCCUGGUCAGAUUGUCACAGUCAGUCUGACAGCCACCUUGGCCAGUGUUGGGGCAGCCAGUAUUCCCAGUGCCGGUCUGGUGACUAUGCUGCUGAUCCUGACUGCUGUCGGCCUGCCAACCCAAGACAUCAGUCUGCUGGUUGCUGUCGACUGGCUGCUGGAUCGAUUCAGGACCUCGGUGAAUGUGGUGGGUGACUCCUACGGUGCAGGCAUCGUGUACCACAUGUCCAAGGCGGAGCUGGAAGAGCUGGACGCUCACAUGGCUAAAUCUGACGACAUUGAAAUGAUGACGAAGACCCAGUCUUAUUACGAUGACAUGAAGAACCACCACGAAAACAAUUCCAACCAGUGCGUCUUAACCGCUACCGCUACCACAACUGCCACCGCCACUGCUAACAAUUCUGUCGUAGUAGAUGAAUGCAAGGUAACCUCAGCCACUAACGGCUCUGCUGCGGAGUGCACGCUUGUUGAGGAGGAACCAUGGAAACAUGAAUAAUGGCAGCACAGAGAUCCCCUGCUCCUGGGCUCCACAAGCUUUCCUAUCUGGUGAUCUAUAUAUAUGAAAAAAGGAGUGAAUGAAAAGUCACACGAACAGAACUACUAAUUGUUUUUUUUAAUGUAGCUUAGUUUUCUUUUUUUAUUAGUCCCUUUAAAAAAAGUUUUUGUAACUGUGUAUCUGACUGAUAUAUAUAUAUAUAUAUAUAUAUAUAUAUAUAUAUAUAUAUAUAUAUAUAUAUAUAUAUACUAAUUCACUUAACCGUGAGAUGAUAAUAUAGGUAUACCUCACCUGAUAGAGCACAAUUAUGUCCUGUAUAGCAGAUACUUGCACAACAUACUUCAAGGCUUGGGGAGGGAAGGAAGAGAGAAAUAAAUAUAUGUUAGAUAGGCUGUUUUAGCAAUACAUCCUGGUUCUAUGUUUAUAUGAAGAGAGAAGAAGUGGCAGUAUAACACGGGGAUGCACUGGCACCAACUUCCAAUGGACAAAUGAAAGUUAGAGCAUUGUGACAACAAAUGUAAUGUUCUGAACGUCCUUGCUUUGCAUCCCUGUCGGUCCAUCAGAAUAUGUGCAUGAGGCCGCUGCUUUUUCCUUAUCUAUAACUGACCUGUCAGAGUCUUUAAAGUGCAUCUAGAUGCAAUUAUAUUUGCCCAAUAUUAUCCAUAAUCCCUGAGGACGAGCAAAUGGUUGAAAAGAGUCGAGGAGAGUGAACAGGAAAACAAUGCUGAGCCUCAUAACUUACAAGCACUAUCAAUAAGUGGAAUUAUAAAGCACAAAUCCUAUCACGGAGCCCAUUUUUAUCCACAUUUUCUGUCUACUGUUUAGAAAAGGGACUUUAUUUCUUUGUGUCACCUGUUGAGUGAGAUUUGAAACUAAUUUGUGUGUGUGAUAGAGUGAGAGAGCUGAGGUUAAAAACAUGACCAAGUCAAUUAUAGGGACCAAACAGGCAGAAAUCAAUCAACUGACAGAGGCCUUUAAACUGCCUCCAUGACACAACAUAAGUUUUCUUAAGUUGUCCAUUGACGUCAUUUUAACCGGCUGGCGCAGCAGUUUGAUGUUAAUACGUUUGCUGAUGAAGCCUCAAAACUUAAAGCUACGAAAAUCACUGCCCUAAAGUGAAGUACUUUCCUUUUAUGUCCUCCAGAAAACUACCCUUUUGAUGUCAAUGAAACUAAAAUUAAACCAAUUUCAGAAUGAAAUAAAUUUUUAAAAAUGACAUAACUGAGCACAAGUGAAUGAUUUUAUAGAGCACAAAUGAAGUGAAAGAGCACAAAUGAAGCCAAAAUGCCAAUAAUAUUAAAUUCUAAAUGAGUGGCAUAAUCACAGUCAUGCUUAUCUUUCCAUGUCGACUGCAUUCCAAGUUUAAAAAAGAUACUCAGGCUUGUAUGUUUACUCUUUUACAGGGAACAAAAAAUAAUGUAGUAAUCCCUAAAAUGUUUACUUGCUCCUUAGAGCUGCUCACCUCAAACAAAUGGCCUCUUAACAGCACAACUUCUGAAAGCUUUGACUCUAAAAACAAACGAUGACAGAGAGAGUAAUAUUCUAAUGUGAUGGAGAGGGAGGUUUCCCAGCACAAACAGAAAGCACACACACAUUUCCGACUACAUUCCAGCGGCUGAAUGAUCCUGUGAACCAGUGUACUAUCUGAGAGAAGUUAUUAUUAAACACUGACAGAGCACAGAAGGUGAACCAGCAGAAACAUAAAAAAAAAAGAAACCAAGAGAGAAGCAGAGCAGCACUCAGCUGUCAGAUAGAUUCUUGGCUCGCACAAACAGAGACAGAUCAUUGAUAUAACAUUCUUCGGAGAGGCUUGCCAGCUUCUUGUUUAGCCAGACCUAUAAAGGUAAACAAUAUAUUUUCUUCUGCCACCAGAGCUCAAGACUGUUUCUACAAACCCUAGAUGCUGCAGCUGUAUGUCCAUAUUACUGAGAAGGCGCUUUUUUUUGUUUUAUAGGAAGCUCAGAUCAGAACAAUGGACAUACACCGUAACAUGCAUUAUGCCAGAAUGUUGCCAACCAUCAGGUAAUAGAAAUAUAAGCCUCUCAUAGAACCAAAUGACUUAAAAAAAAAAAAGGUGGCAAACACACAAACAUAGCAGGACUACUGGCUGUUAAUCUUUUUUAGCCUGUGUGAGUGAGACUUCUGUAAUGUGGAUUUGAUUUCUGUCUUCAUCACUGUAUCCUUCUCUGCUCUCUUGUUUCUUUUGUGCUUAAUGACAACCAUGCCUUGAAGGUGUUCAACUUCGAAACAAAUUAAAGUAACAGUAGGAACAUUAACACAACAGGUAGUGCAGCACUCUGUCCUUUAGUUCCUCAAACACGUACUUUUUAUAUAAUUUUUUUUUGGUUUCCAAGCUCGAUUAACACAAGUGUGCUUUGAUACACCGUAGCGCACACUUGGUGUUGUGUUCGCCACACUGCAUAGACUGACACAUACAGACACAUCUGUGUUGGGUUUUUUUCCAGACACACACAUACAAACACUGAUGCAAACACUCUGAAACCUCGAAGGUCACUACAUUUAUAUAAUUGUAAUCAGGCUUUUUUGAGGCCUCGUCUUUUGACCUUGUGAUCUUCAGGAAAAAAAGAAAAUAAUAAUAAUAAUUUAAAAAAAAACAUCUCUCCAGUAAGGAGACAAUGCAGACCAUAGUGUCACCGAUGGGGAUUGAGUGUUGAACCACUAUUAUGUUCAAACUCACAGUUUUAGAAGCAUGAAAAAAAUAAAAAUGAUAAUUAUUUUUUGCACCACUAUCUUAAAAGCAUGAUAUAUUGAAGUGCCUCCUUGCACUUUGUGUAUAUAUUGUAGGUAACAGAUGUUUUUUUUGUUUGUUUUGUUCCUUUUUUGUUUCUUUGGGGGGCAUUGAAAUGGUAUGUAGGAAUAUAGUUUCAUUGCUGUGACAUUUUUAAUGUAAUCUUCUAGAGAGAGAGAAAAAAAUCAUCUAUGUCCUGAGUAAAAUUAGAUUAGACGAAAUGUAUAGAGAGGAAAUCGUGUAAUAAAUUGCUUGUUUUUUUUAUUCUCUAAUAGCUGUUAACUAGUUGUUUUACUUAACUGUCACACACCAAUAUAUAAAUAUCUUUUUUUUUGUAUCUAAUGUAAGCGUUUUGAAUGUUUGUUCCAUGAAGAUAUAAGCAGUGUGAAUUCAUUUUCAUUGUACAUACAUAAAUAUAUAAUUGUUCUGUUCAGUGGCAAUGCAGAAUUUUCUGGAUAUUGCAGUGAUCCUGAAAAAAAACACUGUUUGCAUGAAGACAAGAAAGAAAAAGAGUGAGAAAGAACAAGAUUUUUUUUAAAAAGAGCAAGGGGAAGUUUCUGGUUUCAUAAAGGGGGCCAAUAUGAGUCAUUUGGGUGGAAAUUACUGUGAUAAAGGUUCGAGAAUAGAAAGACAAAUAGAGGAAAAGAUCAAAUUUGCCCUGUAUGUAGGAUAGAGCGAAGAAUCAAACACAGCCUAGUAGUUGAUCUGAGAGGAAGAACAAACAUCAAUCAUAUUCAAAUGCCUGUUACAGUAUAGAGCAACUUUCCUCAGGUGAGCCAUCUGAAACAUUUUGUCUUAUCAAAGGAAAAAAGAAAAGAUUCUAGUCUCAGGCGUCUUUGUUUACCUGGUGCAUUUCAAGUUGCAACACAUGGACAUCUAGAUCUUUUAGAUUCUCUGUUAGCCUUCCUACGUACCACAUCUUCACACAUUCGACUUCUGUCGUGCCAUCGCCAUCCAAGAGGUUUAUAGAAAUCCCACUCGGUAAAACUGCCUUUACUCCACUUGCCUUUUUGCUGUCUACACAAAACUAUAUGCACACACAAACACCUGGAACUUGCUCAGCUGAGUGGUACAUGGAAACCGAUCGACGCAAACAAAGAGCCAGUAUAUAUCUUCAAGCUUGUCCUUUUCUACUGAAAUGUGUCUUUUUGAAGAAGCUCCUGAACAGAGCUGAUAACCUGUCUCACUCCUGCCUACAAUGUGCUUUCCACAUCUUACUUUUCUAGGCCUUCCCUCUUUGUAAAGCUGUUGUAAUCUUGAUGUAAAGGCAGAGAGUAUGUGUGGGGAGGGGGGGAAUACACUAUAGAGAAAAAAAUGUUUAAAAAACAAAAAAACAUGAAUUCUUUCCUCGGUCUAUGGUAUACAUAAAAAUCUGUUUCUACAUAUCAAUAAGUGUUGUACCUUUGGUGUACAUAUACAAAUAUAACUAAUAAAUGUUGAUUCAUAACUAA